GUUAUGUUCAUUUUUCACCUAUUGUUGCUUCAGCAGCUGCUAACACUACUUGCAUGUCCACAUUGCCAAAAAAAACUAAACAAAUCAAAAGAUGCAAUGAAAGAAGUAUUCACCUCAGCAGAGGAAGCCAAUUCAUUCCUUGGACGGCACCUUCUAGACAAUGUACUUGAGCCUGAAAUAUUUAACACAGAUAAUCUUGAAAGAGAAUGCCAUGAAGAACUCUGCAAUUAUGAGGAAGCGAGAGAAAUUUUUGAUGACCCAGAACAAAUGAAGACUUUUUGGAGUGCCUAUGUCUCUGGAAAUUCUGGUACAAUGCCAGGUGGGCAAGAAGCACAGGGGAUUGAUGUUAUACUGCUUCUGACUGGUCUAAUUGCAGUUGGAGUACUAUUGGUUAUAACUGGCUUGCUAAUUUAUUAUCUCUGCAAAAGAAGAUGCCCACGAAGACAACCACCACGGCACGCAGGCUGCCGGCUGCAUAAUUCUUCCAUCUUUAGACGACAUGAAGAAUUUUCCUUAAAUCCUCUCUCCGCCUGCCCUGAACACACAGGACUGCCAACCUACGAACAAGCAGUGGCACUAAGAGGAGAUUAUGGGGCUCCACCCCCACCCUAUCCGGGCCUUUCAGGAAGAUUUAAAGCAUUCAAGAAGUCUCUCUCACUUCCUGGCCCUUAA